AAAAACUUUGUCCCGUUAUUGCUAACUGAACGACUCGAAGCAGCUUACUCUCUCCUUCAGCGACACAGAACGACUACGAAGAGUUGGGUGCCAACUGCCUAAAUGGAUAUACCUUAUUGAUGGAUGAAACUUUCUGCGUUCAAGAAAUCAAGAAUCUAAUCAGUACUUACAAAGAAUCUUGGCCAAGAUCAUGGCUAGAUAUUUGUGUCAAGACCGAAGAAUAUCUCCAGGAAACCACGCUCAAGCAGAAACUGGCAACCUUGGAUGUAGUGUCAAAGCUGAUAAUUGUACAAACUCAGAAAGAUCACCUUUUAUCUGAAAACCAAGAACUGCUAGAGCCACUCACAAGUAUAUGGUGUAGAAUUUAUUUUUGCUCCCUGAAAAAUCUUAAACUUUGUCAGAAAGUCAAAAAGACAUUUGAAAUCCUUUGUGAACUCAAGCACCAUCAUGCAAAAUGCGAGAUUAAAAGAAACAUCCAAGAGCUUUUAUUGUCUGCAAGGAAAAUUGUUUAUCCAAUUGAAGUUGUUUGUCAGCUUAUUGAUGCCUCUGCAUUUGGAAGGGAGUGUGUUGCAGAGCUCUUUGAAAACUUUGUCACAACCAUUUCACAAUGCUUAGAUUCCUUUUGCCAACAGUGCAAAAACAAUCUGUUGACAUGGAAUUGUCAGCUACCUGUAACUCAAAUGUGACAUGUCAAAUAAUAAUUAAGGCUGUUUUGAAGAUGUUCCAAUACUUCCCAAUUAAAACUGGUUCCCUGCUUCGUUAUAGGAUGAAAUUAAGUGAAGACAAAUCUGUCAUGGAAGUAAUCAUAAGCAACCUGUGGAUGAUAUUAUUUUAUGAGACCCAGCCCAAGGAAUGUAUAUAUUUAUGUGGAACAGCAACUGGCCUAUUCCUAAGCAUAGUUGCUGAUCAAAAUAUUUGUACCAAACAAACCAUUUUACAGUUACUAAUUGCAUCAGGAGCAUCUCUUCCACAGAACCAAGCUGUACACCAACUUCACUCAGUGCUGAUUGGAUGUUUCAAAGUGAAUCUGCCAUUGCCUGCAUACAAACCCAUCACACAGUUAGCCAUUCUAGUUGGUAUCAUUAAAUCACAGAGAGAACAGAUACUGCUUGAGAUAGAAGAUCAAGAGGGUGUUACUUUGAUGGAGGGGCCUCUAUUUCAGUCAAUAUACAGGCUUUGUAAAGAGAGCAAAAGCUCACCUGUUCAUUAUGUUGCUUUUGAAGCCAUGAAGCAGUGGCUUGUUUGCAUUAAAGCUCUUUUAAAAAGGAAACAAUUAUACAAAAGUGUGCACUGGAGGACAAAAUUGGAUUCACACCUUACCCGGGAUCUCAUUGGUCUUAUUUGGGAGAACUUGGAAGAUUCUAUUGAAGGUGUUCCAAGCUUGGCUGUGACAUUGUUUGAUCUCUUUCUCCAAUGGCACAAAGAGGAAGAGAUUGCAAGAGACUCAGUGGAUGAGCAAUUGUACAGAUCACUGAUGAACAAGAUUCUAGGACUUCCUUGGCAUGUAAAGGGAAGAUAUGGAUUGCUCUGCUCCCUUGUCCAUUAUGUAGAGCUCCAGAAUAUUUUUCAAGCUCACCCUGCCAUCUUAGAUGACCUGAUUCACUGCUUGGGAUUAAAUCAGCUAACCUCUGUCUCCACCAGUGCUUUCAAGGCUUUUCUUGAAAAGGGGAGAAAGAGUUUAGCAAAUGAGCCGCUCCCUCAAAAGGAUGUGUCUGUAUUCAUGCAAAAUUGGGAGAAACAUUGGAGAGCAAAAUUAUUUCUUGCCUUGACAAAUAAAAACAGGUUACUGCAGAAGAAUGCAUGCUUGUAUUGGCUGCCAUGUGUACUCAAGUUGUUUCCAGAAUAUCUAACCUCAAUUUUGAAAGAACUUAAAGAUGUUUGUGAUAAAGCUGAAGAUAGGGCAAUAGUUUCCUUGGCUUUUCUUUCAGUGUUGAAAGUUGGUCGUUCAUUAGCUCUUUUACAGGCAGAGGACUUGGAAGAGAAUUCUCUCAGUGAAGGUCUGACUCACUUACAUAACGACAUUAGAGCUACUGCCCUGUCCGUCAUCAGUUUCACGCCAAAGACAGCAGAACCUCUUUCAACGAUGGAACAAAGGCUUCUGAAAGAUUUUCUUCCCAAUAAUUUAAAUAUAGCGUGUGCUCCAUUCAGGCAAACACUUUUUGUGUCCAUGAAGAAAAUACUUGGAAGGGUUAGGGAUAGUUGCUUAAUCUUGCUCAAGGACCAUCAUCAGGUUGCUACUCAGGAAGAAAUGGACUCUGUUCUACCUCACACAGUUGAUGAAAUGUUAAAGUUUGUAGAUUGGUUAUUUGAGCUUGUCAUGGGAUGCUUCUUUCCAGGAGCUUCGUACCAGAGACAGAAGACUGCAAUGCAACUUCUGGUGGCCAUUUUCGAUGUGUUCUCACUGAACUUUCAGCCAGGCAAGAAAAAGGUUCAGGCGCCAGCUUCAUGUCACUUGCUUAUUUCCUCGGCCAAUCGACAUGGAUACUUUCAGUUUUUCUCCAUCAGGAGUGCAGUGAUAUUGUUGGGAUGUGUGGAAAGCUCUUAUACUGAUAUUCGUGAUGCAGCUGUGAUUAUUCUCCAAGAACACUUUUCAUGGCCACUAAAGAUUCUAGAGAAUGAUUCCACCGGUGUAUCAUCAGCGCGUAUGCUGGUACAAAAGGCUGUGACACUCGCCAAAAGCCCAAAAGUUCAGGACUGUGAAAAAGGAGCUGUUCUCUUCCAGUUAAUCCAUAGCAGGUAUGUUUCAAUGCUAGGAUGGGAAUUCCGUCUGUCAACACAAGAAAUAAAACCCCCUACGUUGGACAAGUUACCCAGCGGUCAGACGACCAUCCACAUGUUACAUGAAGUGUUGGGUGAACUCAAAGUGCAUUUUGAAGCUGCGCAAAAGGAUCUGAAACUUGCCUCAAAAAAUGAGCCAGGCCAUGGCAUUUCUCUGGCCAUGGCACAUUGCAUUCAAGAAUUAAGCUUAGAUGUUAUCAGUGAAGAGAAUCAGAUUGAGCUACAGAUGGUCAUACAACUUAUUGUCGAUAUUGCUAAUAACAUCAUAAUCUUCAUGUUGGACGUGUUGUCUGGAAGCCAUAAUACUGCUACAAUUGGUGGAGCAUCGUUUGCAGAUAUCGGUGAGGCCCUGGAUGAAAUAGUGUCUUUGUCAAUGACUGACGAUGACGAGGGAAGUGAAAAAAUGUAUUCCGUUGACAUCCACAAAGAUAUGGUCAUUUCAUGCUGCUGGCUUAAUAUUAAGUGUGCAUGUCAUUUGCUAGCGGUCAUAUUUGAAAAGACCAUCACCCAACUCAAGCAUUUACCAGCCAUUCAGCUACUUCGUGAAGAAACUUUAAGAAAUGUGGCCGAGACAACUUGGAAAGUUAUCAUGCAGUGUAGGCACCAGGGUGUUGUUCAGCAUUGCAGGAGCAGUUUUUUAAAGAUUUACCGGUGUUUAUUCCAGUCAUCACUACCAUGUCUUCACUCUGUACCAAAGGAAUGGUUAGAUGACAUGUUGAAGACAGUGUCGUUAUCAAGCUCUCAAACCUCUAUCACCAGACGCAGUGCGGGGCUACCGGUGCUAUUUUCCAGUAUUUUGGCAUGUGAACCAAACUCAGGCCAAAGACUGCUGUUGAAGCAGUCCAUGAAGUCUCUACUGGACAUUGCAUCAUUACCUAUUCCUGCUGUAACAGACCAACACCUCGACCUGUCACAGGUACACGCAAUCAACAUUUUGAAGCUACUUUACCAAGAUACGUCCCUUGGUUGUGAAGUGCUGCAGUACGCCUCGCAGGGAACCAUAAUGGCCAUAGGGGGAUUCGCAUCUUCAUCAUGGGCGGUUAGGAAUGCUUCCAUGCAACUGUUUGGUUCCUUAGUAAAGCGAAUGCUUGGUCAGCGGCGAAGUGGGGAUGACGAAACUGAAAUGAACACGAUAAGCUCGUCGGACUUCUUCAACAGCUUCCCUGCUCUACGCAAGUUCUUCAUUGCUCAUUUGCAAAAUACGUCACAGUCAGCUGACAGUUCCGCCAAACAGUUUUUUAAAAUAUCCAAACCAGAACUGUUUCCCAUUUUGACACUUCUGUCAAAGCUUCAUUCAUACUCUAAAUUCGACGAAAGUUCAGUAAGCCUUUUGUCGGAGUUUGUUCCUCACCUGAUGUUGUUGACUUCAAGUCCAUCACACACAGAACGUGUUAUUGCAGCCAAAGCUCUUGUGCCGUUUAUUCCUCGCGAAAACCUGUUGGAAAGGGUGGAGGAACUGGUCAAGCUUCUUCCAAGUCCAGAGCCAACGAAGGGCUUUUCGCAGAAUGUUCUUCAUGGGAUCUUACUCCAAAUUGACGCAAUUCUUGAAAUUGUUCCGUACUCUGCGAUUGAAGAAAAGGCAAGCGGUCUUGUAAAGGAAAUGUUGAAAAAGUCGUGGAUAUGUUCCUUGAGGAAUCAUUGUCCCCUAACGCGAGCUGCCUUCCUCAAUACUCUAAUGAAGUAUUUUUUUUACUUCCUGAAAGAAUGUGAACGAGAUGUUAAUAUACUUAAAUCAGUGGUUUUGGAUAGUUUAAGAGUACCUGCCGCUGAAGCUGUUCAUUCGUUGCUUUGUGAAGCACAGUGGCAACGUGAAGUAGUCAGGGCGUGUAUCCAUUUUGAGUUUUAUCACCCUCGGUCAAAAGAACAAGAAAGUCAGUUAUCCCAGCUCAUGUUGUCCACCAACAAGGAACGGAGAUUUGCUGCUUUGGAGUAUUUAUUCAACGAAUCACAACAAAUGCCAGGCUCAGUCCUUACCGAUCUUGUGACCUGUGUGAUCCACGAAACGGACCAUUGCUGUCUGUUGUCGGCUCUGGAUCUCUUUGUGAAAGGUUGUGCCCACUCAGAUGUGUGCUUUCCGACCAACGCUAACGUAAGGGAACUCUGGAAUAAGCUGACUUCAUUAGCUAAAAAGUUAAGAGGGGUAACUGUGGCUGGUAAAGCAAUUCCUGCAUGCGGUCUGAUUCUUAGGCAUUCCAUUAACAUGAGUGUCUUACCAACCAUUCCACUGGAGUUGCAAGAAAUGUUAAAUCAGUGGCGUGAGUUGAUUCAAACAAACUGCGACUGGGAGCAAGAUGAACUAUUAAGACAGGGCACAGUCCAGUCUCUGAAGCUAUGUGGUGUUGCUAUAUUGAGCUCCGUGCUGACAAGUACAGGAGAAACUGGCCUGCCCAAGUAUUCGUACUUGGUGGAGACGGCAAUAAGUGUUCUUAGUUCAACUCUUUGUUUGCUACAAGACGAAGAGGAGGAAAUAAGAUUCGAAGCAGCUGAGUUUGUUGCCAUGAUUACUGAGCCCACGAAGAGCUUAACAUGCACAGCGGCUGUGAAACGUGUUUUUCAGCUCAUGGUGGAACAUUUUUGGUCUGUUCCCGGAUGUUGGGAAAGCAUGGAAACCAUGAUUAGGGGAUUGAAGUCCACUGCAGAUGUAUUGAAAGGUUACUUGGGAGCGAGACUAAUGCUGUUUGAGCAGGAGGACGCUAAUCUAUACGUAGAGCCGGUGAUUUUGAUGACAAUGGUCGUCAACUACUUCAAGCGUAUACUAAAUCAGUUGAUUGGCUCAGGUGAAGUCGAGUUACGUGAAUAUUUUCACAACUGGUUUAUUGCGAGGUGUGACCAACUCACUAAAGACCUUCAGGAACUGAAACAGUCAGGUAUAAAGGAAUUUGGCUCGCUCUCUAAUCCCAAACCUUUUGUAGUACGAUUUCGUAUGAUGUGCAUGGCUGAAGUGCUUUGGUUUGCUGUGGACAAUAGUCUGAGGAGUGAUUGCAGCCUAUCAGUAAUUAACGGUGUCAACGAACCUCUGGUGGAUAUGCUAGAGGAGAUAAUUCAGGUGAAGGAUACGGCUCACCCAUGGCUCAUCAAAUGUGCCAGCGACCUGUUAAUCGUGGUACGAAAACCAAUGGAUAAUAACUUGUCAUAAUAAUUUUUACGGUUCGGAAGCGUUUUCAUGUUUUCUUGCUUUUCCUGUUUUGAAUUUUGGCUCGUAAAAAGUGCCUUUUACUUGAUAGCACUGUCGUCCUCUGCUGCUAUUUAAACUACAUGUGCAAGUCGGUUUACGGUCAAUUCGCCACCACAAAACUCGCCACCACUCAAAGUGAAAUCGCCACUGGCGAUUUGACUUA